CGCCGUAAAGCAGCCGGCUCCGCCAAUGAGCGAGCAGAAGAGACAGAAAGAGGAAGCCGGGUAUUCGGCCAGUGGAAACUUACUUACCAGGCGACAUGGCGCAGGGCAGCGGCAAGUCCGUGUUAUUCGUAUGCUUGGGUAAUAUCUGUCGAUCUCCAAUAGCUGAAGCUGUUUUUCGGAAGUUGGUUACCGAUGCAGGAACAUCUAAGGAGUGGACUAUAGACAGUGCAGCAACAUCUACAUAUGAAAUCGGAAACCCACCCGAUUAUCGAGGGCAAGCCUGCAUGAGGAAGCAUGACAUACCAAUGAGCCACACUGCCAGGCAGAUUACAAGAGAUGAUUUUCUUUCUUAUGACUAUAUUCUGUGCAUGGAUGAAAGUAAUCUACGAGAUUUGAAGAGAAAAGGCAGCCAGGUGCAAAACAGCAAAGCUAAAAUUGAACUGCUUGGUAGCUACGACCCACAAAAAAAGCUCAUUAUCGAGGAUCCCUACUAUGGUAGGGAUGAAGACUUUGAGACCGUUUAUCAGCAAUGUAUUAGAUGCUGCAAAUCAUUUUUGGAAAGAACUUAACCAUGAGCAGAAGAACAAACUGAAGAUUAAUCUGCUUUUCCCUGAUUCUCUGGUGUUUCACCGUUACCAUGUUUUACUGCUUUGCCGGGAAGCCAAGCCUGCAGUUCUUUUGUGUUCCAUACAGAAUGUUGUACAACACCAGAGUGUGGCCCUCUGUUGGGCAUCAAAUGAAUAGUACCUUCUUUGUGAUUAUAUAAAUAAAGAAGUUUUAAUAUAGCAGA